AUGGGGAAUCAGGAAGGAAUGUGUUGUCUUUCAAGAGAGAGGGAGAAUCACAUUAUGAAUAAUGAAUUAGUUAUAUUUAGGGAAUAUAUGAAUGUGAAAAUAACGGUGAAAUUGGGUGACAUCUAGAAAGAAUCUGGAGAGAGUGUUAGUAUGUUUUUGGUUAUAAAUAAAGUUUGUUUAUACACAAAUCCAGACAAAAUACCGUUACAGCAAAAUAUCAUCCAAUAGAUAUAUGACAAUUUAAGUCGAAGUAUUAAUGAUGCUAAUCCUCUAGUUUAGUAUGAGCAAGUGUACAGUCAAAAUUUGGAAAUGAAUAAUUAUAGGUGUAUAACAUAUUAUCGAGUGAGGGUUUUCGAAUCAGAAAAAGAUUUAUUCUAAUAUUAUAACGGAUUCAGAGAGUGGUAAAUAAAUAUUAAGAAAUUAAUUAGUUUAUAAUAGUUGAAUGACGAAGAAUUUAAGGAUAUUCUUAUAUGUGAUUGUCCAAUCAAGCAAAGUAGAGCAUUUAGUUCCGAAGUAUUGGUGAGAUCAGUGAUAGAUUUUAUUGAUGAAUCAAAAAACAGAUUGAAUAUCAAAAGCAUAACCAUGAUGAAUUGUGAUAAGAAGAGUUCUCGUUUCCUGAAAUAUGAGCUCAUCAAAUAAAUAGAAGAAUCCAAAGAACCAACUUUAAGAAAGGAGAGACAGAACAAAUUCAUGAAAUUUAUUACUUCCACAAAGAGUGUUACAUCCGAUAUGGGCAGACAAAAUAAAUGCGAUUUCAGUUUGAAAGACUUUGAUCUUGGAGAUGAAUCCAAAUUGAUUCAGGCACUCAAGUAGAAUGAAACCGAAGAAUAAUGA